GUAGCGUCACACCUUGUUCAGACUUCCAUCCACAUACAUCAAGAGAGGAGUGUUACUGUAAAUACUUCCCUUCACACGAAUUUUGGCCCGCAUAUCAUUCAAGAAUACUACACGUAUUAGCCGAACCUGAACAUCGCCAUACCAUUGCCACUGUGUGAGACAGGUGUCUUCUCUAUUGAGAAUCAUGUCGGCGCGCUUUUCAGUUCAACCCAUAGGCCGCUUUGUUGGUGCAAGUCAGCCUGUCAAAAGACCAAAGGAGUUUGCCUGCUUCUCAUACGACGACAACCAUGAGUUUCACCUGGACGACUCAUCUCUCAAGUACUAUUACACACCACAGCUUGGGGCUGACCUCUCCAAAGGCUUUGAUACAUUUCAGAAGUUGGACGAUACCGGAGAUGAUCACCUUGACAGUCUCCUCAAGACUAUCGCUGCACACGAGCAAGAAACAGGCAAGAAGAUUGAUGCCAACAUCGUCACAUGGAGAGGCAUGAUGACAAAGAUUAUGGCAGCACCUUUCGACCAGAUGGAUGGCUUCGAGAUGAAUGCCACUUUGUAUCAAGAUUGCAUCUUUAUCGAGGAGAACAACACCUACAAGAUUGCUUCCAGAUCAAACGAGGGAAACAAUAAACGAAGAAGAGGACCACCAUUAGAAGUGAUGCAAUUUUGGGGAUAUAAGUUUGAAACCUUGUCGACUCUGCCAUCGCCAUGGGCAGAAACGUCCCGCGACUUCAUCGAAAAUCGAGAGAACGAAAUCGUCAACAACAAAGCCCAAUAUUGUUCUGUCGUUCGAACGGGUAUCGGAAAAUCCGUCCUAUGUCUCGGCGGUGAAGUUGACGCCAUCUGGGACUCCAAACCCGAAGAAAAGGGCAGCCCGAUCAACUGGGUUGAGCUCAAGACAUCAGCCGAGAUUCGCAACCCGGGCGGCAUGGAGAACUUCAAGCGUAAGCUCAUGAAGUAUUGGAUUCAAUCAUUCCUUCUCGGUGUGCCGCGCAUUGUGGUCGGUUUUCGCACACAGGAUGGUGUUCUGGUUGAGGCAAGGGAAAUGGAAACGCAUCGUAUUCCCGAAAUGGUCAAUGCCGAUCCUAAUCCCAAAUGGAACGCCGAUAUGUGUGUCAACUUUGCUGCUACUUUCUUAGAGUGGCUAACAGAGAACAUCAACGAUGAGGGCGUUUGGAGAAUAAAACGCGAGCCUCAAUCACCAACAAUCGAGCUAUUCAAGGUGGAGGAAACAGGUCACGGCGAUAUCUUGUCUGAUGAGUUCAAGAACUGGAGAAUCAAGUUAGCUCUUGGGCCCAGCGACGCUUCUGGAUAAAUAUUGGAUUGGCUUGUGCACGAUACAUCCAUUGAGCAAAGGUCGUCAUGGUCAUGUAGAUUAUUAGAUACAGAUCGUGGACGGAUCAUGUUCGAUUCUUACUGUGCUCAAUUAACAAGUCUAGGCUGUGCCUGCAUCUAGUCAUCUACCUGCCUAUAUCGAAACAGCUGCAAUGCAAUGAAAGAUCAAAACAAG